GUUGUCCUCUCAGCUACUGCUGUCUCUUCUGAGUGGCCAUUCUCCAUGCCCCAAUUCUUCCAUCUCUUUUCACACAGGUUUGCUGUACAUGCUACUGAAGCACAUGGUUGACCGCUACAAUAUUUACUAUGUCUACAUCCCUACCAGGCUGAACCAACGCAUCCAUUCGGCAGCUGUAAAUCAGGUGGUGACAGCACCCAUUCUCUGCAUGUUUUGGCUGCUCUUCUUCUCCAUUCUCCGUCUAGGCUCUGUUCGCCCCAUUACCAUCUUCACCUGCGUGGUUCUUCUCUCCUGCAUUCCCUUUUCCUUCUUUGGUCUGUGCCUGAAGAAGUUUCAUCCAAGGAAACCUUCCAGCUAUCAGAUGUCGGAGCAGUCUGAUGGAGCUUUUAAUGAUACAGAAACAAGUAGCAUCUCUUCCACACCCAAUUCAAAUAUGUUUAUGGCCACUGUGCUUCAAGAGCCAGAACUAAGUCUUACACCAGCAGCUUCCCCAGCUCAUCAGUCUUAUGGCACGAUGGGCAGCCGCCUGGAGCAAGCAGAGAAUAUAGAGGAGAGUGGCCUGCCAAGUUUUGAAACAGAACUGGAAAGCACAGAAGGCAAAUACAGAACCGGGCCUGUGCUGGACACCCAAACUCACUAUCAUUGAUUCCAUCCUGCCAGACCAAAGACAGAUGGACAGAAGUGUUGAAUCUUCAGAAUGCUGAAAGGAAGCAUCACAAUCCAAAGACUAAAUUGCCCUGAGCUUCUAUAGCAAUCCUGCUAUAAGACAGUUUGGGGCAAAGACCUGGUGUUGUAACUUGGACCAGAACCAGUCAGGCAGAUGGAUGAUGGGCCUUUUCAAGUCUUGACAUCUCUGGCCAUGCUGUUAGGAUGGUGGAUACAGAACAAAUAGAGGUCUUCUGAAGAGAUAGUGUUACUUCUAUCCUAUACGCCAGCUGCUUAGCAGCAUGUUCUAUAUGUUACCUCUGUUCUGUUCCAGGUUGACAGACUGCCAUUGCCUGGCUCUUUCUGUGUCUUCUGGUAAAUUAUCUUAAGCCUCAGUUGUUCCAUAUUCUCUUCCCCCCCUCCCCACUAUUUUGCUUUUUUAAAAAAUUGCUUUGGUCAAAAGAAUCAUUUCUCUAGCUUGAGCAAUCUUCUCAUGGCAGCAAAAAGAAAGAAAGGACUAUUUUGAUUUGAACAGUGCAAUGUCCAUAAUAGCUGUGAUCCUUUCUAUAAACCAUUAGUGAAGGGGGGAAGACAUAUGGAAUGCUGAGCACCUUCUGAUCCACAUUCAAUAUCACUGCAAAUCUCAGUGUAUUGCCAGCUGUAGAACCAAAGGCCUUCCUGAAUGAUACAGAGUAUUGCUUCUGCUGCAGUUAUUGCUUUUGUCCAAAUCCGUUGCCUCUAAGAAAGACUUGCUGUGCUAAUUUGGUUGAA